AUGAAAUAUAAGAAAGAAAUAGACGAAACACAACGUCACAUUUUUUUUCUGCACUUCAAUUGAAUGUUAUAAAUAUCUGAACAUUUUUAUUUCGGCUUAGUCUAUUUUUUGUGGUUCAGCAGAGAGAAACAUUUAGUACAUAUAGAGAGAGUAUUUUUGUGUGGAUAAUAUCGAGUGUGUUGUUACUGUUUGUUUGUUUUUUCUCGGUGAAAUUGCGACAAUAGUGCUUUGUCACGAUGGCUUUAACAGGAUACCCGAUUUUUGUGAUAAAAAUUUUGUUUGGAGUGUGCAUUGGACAUUUGUUUGCAUAUCAAAUGCAUCGACCAGUGCAUGGUCCGAUGCAUCGUGGCGUACCCAUUCCGAUUCCAAUUCGUCCUCUGGACCAUUCAACCAUUCGGCGAUUAUCGCGUCGACCAGCCGAAUUGAAUCCUGAUUCAGAACCAGUUUUUUUACCGUUGCAUCAAUCAAGACAUCGUCCAUUGCAAAUAAUGGAACGAAUUUCAGUGCCAGUUGAUGGGAACCAUAACUGGAAUCGUCAGAAGAAAGAAAAUUUCAAUGUUUUGAAUUUUGAAGCGUAUAUGAUGAAACCAACGAAUGAGGCAUUGCCAAAACCAGUAACCGAACGCAUCUUACGCUACAUCAAUAAAACCGAAGACGAUCGCGAUGACAUCCGACAAAGUCCAAGCAGUCAUCACAAAUACCGUUCGAGAAGCAUACCGAAAAAACCAAAGAAGAACCCACACGUGUUGCAUAUGAAAGAGUUUGAUGAUUUAGAAUUUUAUCGCGCAUUUCUAGAACAUCAAAAACAUGCAGCAAUGGUGAAACGGUUGAAGCCAAAGCCAGAUUCUAGUUCACGCUUACCAAUCGGCAUCGAUUUCUUCGAGAGUAAUAAAAAGAAAAAUAAAGCGGCAUUUCCUCCUAUCACGUACUCGCCACUUUAUUUGAACAAUUUGCAUCGAUCGCAACAAUAUGAAGAUGUUGAAGCAUCAAAUGUGCAAAAUGUGAAAAUGCGAUAUCCAGAUAUGCUGAAGAACGAAGAAAUACCAAGUACACAAGCAACAACACCAUUUGCACAUCCAGUCCAUGAACCAACAAUGCAAACAACAAUGAUUAUGCCCAUGGAAAGUGAAAACCACGAUGAAACCAUGCCGCCACCAUCCGAAAUGCCCGAUGAACCCGAAACAUUUCACGGCCUUGCAUCGGAGCCAGAGAUGUAUAAAUUUACCAUCGAUGAUGUUGUAGUUAAACCAAAUGCGCUUGGUGUUGUUAAUAAUCCAUUUUUGGGUCCAGUAACACUAUCGCCACCGGCAAUGAUGUACCAAAAUACACCGCAUUCCAAUUUUAUGGGUCCGGAACAUAUUUUACCAGCCAGUGCAAAUACCAUUCAUGAAACUCGUUACAAUCCACCACACUUUCAAGCGCAACUAAGCUACCCGCCAAAAGUGUAUCAACGCGGUACCGCUUAUCGUCGUUUCCAAGCCAAUUCGUUCCGAAAUGUGCCCAUCGAAGCGUCAGCAUCGUCUCAACAGCAAGUGCACAAAUAUUCCAUUGAACCAGUUGUGACCACACAAAUGACUUUUGCUACAGAUGCUGAGCAACAAAACAUUGCACCGUCAGUGAAAGCAGCGUAUGAAAUCGAUUCGAAGCGUGUCGACAAUAAACGGAAUAAAAAGCGUCGAAUGAACACGGAACGCCACAAACCCGAAAAUUCGAGAAAGGUCAAUCACCAAAAAGACUUUCUUAACAAUAAUUUGGAAUUUUCUAACUCAUAUUCAAAGCGGCGUACACAGGGGGUGAACAGUGAAGAAGAGUCCGCCACUACUCCAUUAAUACCAUCCAAAUUGAGACACCAUAACGACUUCAACAAAACCGAAGCGAAACUACAACAGCAACAUCAGCAGCAACAAGAAGCGAUCACUACAACAAAUGUACCGAAAAACGAGAAGGUUAAAUAUUUUCAAGACACUCUUACGGAACAAUUAACACCGCAUCAAAUAGAUGUGGGUCAUCUGAGCGAAAAUCCAGCCGGUUGGGAAGAACGAUACGAGCGUAAAAAUCUGAAAUCUCAACGCUUUCAAGGCAAGGUGAAAUGGGGCGAUCGAAAAGGCAACUUCGGUGAACAUUACUAUGAUUUAAAUCAUCAUCGCAAUAUGAAACAGUCAAACAACACUAGAUCAUAGCGCAACAACGAUAUUGAUUACAAUUCAACGUGAACCAAAAAAAGGAAGAAGAAGAAAAAGAAGAAGACGUAAUAAUAAUUGACAAUCUAUUUAUUUAUAUGUUUUUUACGCUUUACUUGGCACAAAUCGCGAAACGAAUACUGCUCACCACUUGGUAUAUUGGCUUUAAACAUGUAAGAUCCGUACCGAUCGAAUUACGAUGAUGAAUGAAAUUCUGCACCAGCUGAUGACGAUGAUGACCACAUAUGAUGAUGACCUUGGUGUCGAUCAUUCAUCGUUUGUGUAGUGAUGUGGAUAAAACACAAGAUGAUUGUAUUUCUGCUAGGUAAAACGUCAACAAAUGCAAUUUUAUAUUCAGCAUUAAUGUUAAGCGCAUAGAGAUUAAGCUGACUGCUUUUGAUACAGACAAUUUUUAUUUAUUCAAUUCAUAUCUUUCGUUGUUUUGAAAGAAGUCUCCAAAUUAGAUGAAUUUUUUUUUGAAAAAUUAGAGUUGAGUUAUUAUUUGAAAAAAAAAAACCGUUUGACAAUAAAAAUGAACAAAUAAAGG